AUGCGGUUCAUGCUGCUGUUCAGCCGCCAAGGGAAACUGAGGCUGCAGAAGUGGUACCUGGCCACGGCCGACAAGGACAAGAAGAAGAUGGUGCGGGAGCUGAUGCAGGUGGUGCUGGCCAGGAAACCCAAAAUGUGCAGUUUCCUCGAGUGGAGGGACCUCAAGGUGGUCUACAAGAGGUACGCCAGCCUGUACUUCUGCUGCGCCAUCGAGGGCCAGGACAACGAGCUGAUCACGCUGGAGCUCAUCCACCGCUACGUCGAGCUGCUGGACAAGUACUUCGGCAGCGUGUGCGAGCUGGACAUCAUCUUCAACUUCGAGAAGGCCUACUUCAUCCUGGACGAGUUCGUGAUGGGCGGCGAGAUCCAGGACACCUCCAAGAAGAGCGUGCUCAAGGCCAUCGAGCAGGCCGACCUGCUGCAGGAGGUGGGGACACCCCGAAAAUCCACCGGGAGGGGCUGGGGGACCCCAAAAGUCCUGGGGGGAGCUUGUGGGGUCAUGGUGACCCCAAAAAUCCAUGGAUGUUCAUGUAGGGUCAUGGUUACCCCAGAAAUCCAUGGAGGUUCUUGUAGGGUCAUGGUGACCCCACAAAUCCAUGGGGAGCUGCUGCAGGAGGUGGGGACACCCCAAAAACCCACCGGGAGGGGCUGGGGGACCCCAAAAAUCCUGGGGGGAUCUUGUGGGGUCAUCAUGGCCCCAAAAAAUCCAUGGAGGUUCUUGUAGGGUCAUGGUGACCCCAAAAAAUCCAUGGGAGAGUCAU